UAUCUGUCAGGAACAGAGUUUGGCGAAAGGCGGUUUGUAUAAAAGAACAGCGUCUCCGGAUCAUGGAUACACAUCGUGAUAACAUCUAGUUGGCACGGUCGACAGUUGCAACAGAUUAGUGAUAAUUCAUCUAUCAAUGGCUAACUACGCCGUCACUAUCGCUAUUAUCGUCGGGAUUGUUUGUGGACAAGCAUUGAGUGUAGUCGAGGAUGCUGAUAGAAGUCUUCUAGGAUUGAACCUUCCCUACGGUAGGGGAUUGGAUAGUGAACUGCAACUGGCCAGAUUGAUGUUGUUAACUCCGCGAUUUUGUCAUCCUAAACGCAAUUCCGAGCUUAUAAACUCGCUGUUGAGUCUACCGAAAAAUAUGCACAAUGCCGGGAAAUGAAAGUAUCUAAAGGUUAACGCGCAAAGCUUAUUCGCCGUAAAAUUUACAAAAUUAAAACACAGCAGUUAAAAAAAUAUCAUCAAAGUUUUCAAUAAUAUUCUAAAUAUGUAUAUGUAAAGAAACACAUACCGAUGUGUACAAAAUGUAAAUCGGUAUUAAUAAACGUAAAAACUUAACUUUCUAUUUUAUCAUAUUUUUUCCUUACAUAAUUGUAUUAAGAAUAUUGCAAAACGCGUAUAUAUAUAAUACGCUCCAUUUAUUUUUUUACACCAUACAUUAUUUACGAAGACUUAUCAUAAUGUAAUGUUUAUUUCCUUUCUCCCCUCCUAAAGUCUUUAAUUUAUAUAGUUUGAAGCAUUCAAAAUAAGCGUGUGCGCCAUAUUAUUAUUAUAUUUCUUAUAAUAAAAUAUAUAUAUAUAUAUAAUUCAAAAAGUGUGUGUACAAAUUGUAAACGUUAAAAUCGCACAUAUGAAGAUCUAUCAUCUUGAUUCCAAUAAAUAACUCAUAUUGUUUCAAUA